AAAAAAAGGAGGAUAGGCUUACUGUCGUUGAUAUAGAUAGAGACUAACCAUUGUCUUUUCAUUAGUUUUAAGGGAAAGGAAAACAAAAAGUAAUAAUUUAAUGGCCGAGGAACCGGAUUGCGUUUUGCGUAAACUCGCAGAUUUAAGAGUUGUUGAUUUGAGAUUAGAAUUAGAAAAGAGAGGUUUGGACAAAGGAGGAGUGAAAGCGUCUCUCGUCGAAAGAUUGUCAAAGGCUUUACAAGAUGAAGGACAUGAUCCAGAAAAUUAUUUAUUUGAAGUUCCUGUUGAAAUUUCACUUAUUAAAAAACCUACUCCUAAAAGAUCAAACAGAAAAUUAAAUGACAGUGAUAGCAAUAUCGACAGUCAAGAGGAUUUGGGUAUGGAUGAUCUGGAUAGAGCUGAUUCUGAAGAUGAAAAGAAUAUGCUGGAAACGGAUGAUGUGACAGAAGAUGCACUACAGUUAUCAAUAGGUGAAGAAGAAAAAUUGAAUGAAGAGGAAGAAAAUGCUGAUUCUAGAGGGAAAGAUGACACUCACAGUGACAUCGAUGGUGAUCUUGAGCCUUCAUUGUGUGAAGGAAGCAGUGACCUUGGUCGGGAAGAUAAAAAUGAAGACAAACCGAUUGAAGAGGGGGGUGACAAAGUUGAAAAAACUAGCAACAAAUCUAACAAGACAGCAGAUACUUCAGAAGUAAUGUCUGUUGAUGCCGAAUAUGAAGAAUUUGAUGAAACAACAAAAGAACAGGCAGACAAUAAAAGUGGAACUGACGCAAAAGAGUUGGAUGUAGGAAACAACCAAUAUAAAAGCACUGAUGAGAAAUCCAAGAGUGAGGAAGACGACACUGCUGGCAAGUCUUCCUUGGAAAUCUCAGCUGUAUCAACUGCAUCCUCAACUCCAGCUACUGCCAAGUCCAAGAGUGCCACAGCCAAAGGUUCAAAGGGGUUGAGCAAAGAUGAUAAAGGUGAUAGACCAAAGAGAGAACCACAGAGCACAAGAAAUUUAUGGGUUAGUGGCUUAGCUCCUGGUACAAGGGCUACUGAACUUAAAAGUUUAUUUAGCAAACAAGGAAAAGUGGUUGGAGCUAAAAUUGUUACAAAUGCUCGAACACCUGGUGCAAGAUGCUAUGGUUUUGUAACAAUGGCGACAAGUGAAGAAGCUGCAAAAUGUAUACAACAUUUACACAGAACAGAAUUAAAUGGAAGAAUAAUAUCAGUAGAAAGGACGCAUCAUGAGCCAGGUGGAAUGCUCAGAAGAACAGAAACAAAAACUGUAUUAGCAAAGAGAGUUGCUCAAAAACGAGAACUAAAAGCUUCAACUAAAACAUCUGACGCCGAUAAAAUAAAACCCAGAGAAACUUCAAAAACAAAAGAAAAUGAAGGAGAGAAAACUGAAGAACAAGGUGAAAUUGUGAAAGAGGAGGAAAAUGAGCAAGAAAAGGAGACAGAUAAAGAAGGAAAAGAAGUGGAACCAUCUGGAGAAAAAUCAAGAGAAAGAGAGAGAGAACGUGGACUAAGAGAACCUAGAAGUGUAUCACGAGGUAGAGAUUAUAGAAGAUCUUUUCCACGUAGAGAUAUGCGUCCAUUUUAUGCUAGAGGCAGAGGACGUGGGUUAAGAUCAUUAUCGUUUAGAGAUCGUCAACCUUUUAGAAAACCAUUUUUCUUGAAAAGAUCUUUUGUUUCUAAGCCAGGUUUUAAAGCAGGCUUUAAAUCAAAUGUAACUGCUUUUCAAAAAAUAAAAGAAGAGCGCCGUAGGCAACGUUUGAGAGAACGUGAAAUAAGAGAGGUGGAACGACGACGGGCGCAAGAAAUAUUCAGGCAACGUUCAAUAGAACGUAAACAACGUGAAGAAUCAAUUAGACUAGAAAGGGAGAGAGAGCGUUUAAGGAUUGAAAGAGAGAAAUUAGACAGAGAAAGAGCUGAAGUACUCAGGCUUGAAAGAGAGAAGCAAAGACUUGAAAGAGAACGACUAGAAAGAGAGAGAGAGGAACUUAGGCGGAGAGAACAGAUGAGUCGAUUGGAUGAACCUAGACGCCCACUUAAAAGACCAUUUCGGGGACCAAGAGAAAGUGAACCAUAUUGGGAUGAAAGGAAAAGACCAUCGUUAUCAGGAAGGUAUCACGAUUACGAAAAUCGGGAACGAUCGUACGAUCGUCAUGACUUGUUUGAGAGAAGAGGGGAAAGGUACGAAGGGAGGGAGAAGAAUUUAGACGUUCCAUCUCGAGAAUUCGGAGAGAUGAGGAGAGACGUUCGAAGAGAUCAAACAUCUCACGAUCGCGACGAUCGCAGGGUGACCGAAAGACCAGAACGGUACAAUCGGAAUUCUUCCAGAGACAGUGAAGCCAGAGGUCGCGAACACCGCGAAAUCAGAGAUCCCGGAAGAGGUCCCCCGUCUAGAGAACGAGGCGAACGAAUGGGUCCGCCGCGAGGUUCUCCGCCGGUACGCGGCCGCCCACCGCCUCGCGACGAAUGGAAAUCUCAACCGCACGAAAGAAGAGUGCACGAACGUUAUAUCGAUUCCGGUAAAACCAUGUCGGGUCCGGGUGGAUCCUUCAGUGGCAGCAGCAGAUCUUACGGAGGAGAGAGGAGCGAAUCGUGGGGCGGAAGCGGAGAGAAGAGCAUUAGCAAGUCGUACAGCAGUAGCAACGUCGUUAGCAGCGGGUCCCAGUGGGGCUCCACCGAUUCUCGUAAAAUGGAUUCUUCUCACAGUCCCUCCUGGGGGAGAGUAGAUAAUCCACCGAGUAAUCGCUGGAGCGGAAGCAUGGACUCGCGAAAUCCGCGCAGUCAGCAAAGCAUGAGCAUGGGCCAGUCGCAGCCCAGCAUGUACGGAGGAAGUUCCCAGCAAAUGGGAAGCAUAACGUCUCAUUCCAGCAUUGGCAGUAGCAGUUACGGAAGCGAUAGAUACAUGACUGGCCUGAGAAGAUACUGAGCGCCGCCAUCAAUAAAAAUCAUUUCGGUAUUGUGUUUGUCGUUUGUUUUUUGAAUUAGAUUACGUCAAUAUAUCGUGUAUGAUGCCAUAGCGGGUCAAAUAGACAUUGAGAAUGACAUUUGUGGCUGAUGUUGAAUUUAUGUUACGCUUACGUUUGUAAAAGAUAUUGUGAAUUCAAGUAUGGAGGAUCAUAUAUGUACACUGACAAAUUUAUACCAAUUUUAGAUUAUCAAUAAAUCAUCUUGAAAUUAUUUUUCCUUUUAAA